AUGACCACCGAGACAACCCCACAGACGUUGCUUAAUCUGCCAUUCGAUAUCUUCUACCAAAUCGCGACCUCGCUAGACGACCGCGACCUCAUUAAUCUCAGUCGAACAUGUGGCGCCCUCAGGUCGAUCGCCAAGAAUGAACAGAUAGCCCAUAAGACGGUUAAGAAUUGUCAGCUCUACAGCAAAGAAGGCGCGGCGGCCAUGAAGGCCAAGUCCGAUUAUUACCAGGCGAUCUCCCUGCGCUUUGACAUCCACGAGGCUAUCGCUACCGCUAACCCCUAUUCGGUCGCCUGCCUCGGCUUUGCCGCAGACUUUCUCUAUAACCAGGGCUACCUGGUCUAUCGCUUUCAAAAUCAAAUUCGUCUGCUGGACGUGCAUGGCGUGAAGCCCGAUAAUAAAGAGCGCGUCGUCGACUUGAUUCAACUCCUUCCAAAACUACUGAAUGGCGAUGCUACAGAGGAAACGGUCCACAAGGUCUCGUUGCUGAGUUACAGUGAUGAUAUACUGAUUUUCCGGGUCGCGGGUAUAACUCCGAUACAUGACGCCUUGUUUGCUCUCGAUGUGAGGGCUCAAAACUGCAAACGCCUGCUGCUAAAGGUGUUUGUCCCUGCAUCUGCGCCUAUCUUCGUCCGUCAUACCCGUUCCUAUCUGUGGUAUGGGACAUUCACAGAUGAUAUGUGGUUGAUUACCGGUAUGGACUUGGUCACGUCGGCGCGCAUUGAAUUCCCACUGGACACAGAGGUUGAUGGUGACCAUCAGCAAAUAUUGUGUCUUGGGGAGACAUUGUGUUUUGAGAUGCACGAUGAGCAUCUUUAUGCAGUCUCGAUUAAAGUGCCCACAGGCGAUAUCGUAGUUCACUCUUCCUUUUAUCAUUGGUUCUGUCAUGCGCCCCGGGAGUCGGGCCGCAAAUGGAACGGUCGCUUCUGGCGUCGACAGCAAGAAGGUCCCACCAAUGAAAUGUGGGCUAAUCUUUCAAUCCGGAAAGAUGAAAUGACCGGCCGACCUGUUAUCCUGGAAUGCCGUCGUGAGUGGUUCAACGGGAACAGUGAGAAUCACCGCACAUACUACACACAGCGACUCCCCACACCAGAAGAAGCACUGGCUCCGUUUUCAGAAGGCAAGGUGGAAACGCCGUCUUGGGUGACCAUGGAUAACAACCUAAACGACAGACAGACCUACCACGAUCGACCCACAAAGCGAUUGUACUGCCAGUAUCACCCCGAAUAUGAGUCCGGCACCACAAAGCGCCAGGAAUUCAUACCAAUGCGCACCAAACACAGCAGCUAUCACCUCGGCGCAUCCACCUUCAUUGACCUAGUCAACAACCAACUCAGCGAUGGUCUCCGCACCCGAGACAGACUGUGUCUCCGCACAGUCUCCCGGAAACGCAAAUCCCCCAUGGACGAGGAAGGAAUCGAAGGCACUCGAAAUAGACUCUUCCGGCCCAACCAAAUAGACGAAAGCGGGAAUCCUAUAGAAGGUUCCGAAGAACGCUUCGAGUCUCGCGGCGUGUGUAUGUGGCCCCCCCAUGACGCCCCGCCUGCAUUACAGCAAUUACUAUGUCCAAGCACGCGCAUCGGCGAUGUGAAGAGCCGUGCCGACGAACGCUCAAUUAUCUACUCAGUCGAUGCGCCCGAUCUCCCGCCAUAUCAUCAAGCUCUUAUCCUCAUCAACUUCGACCCUAGUUCCCGGCUUCCCCUCGUUCAACUGCCUAAACCGGGGCAAGAUGGUUCGGCUGCUACCUGGGUCCCGAAGGAUUCCUUCAAGGCCUGUCAGCAGCUACCUGUGGAUACGUCACCUGGCCUGGGGGAAGAAACACCUCACUAUAUGGCAAUUAAGCGUGGCUAUAAGCUGGGGGACCGUGCGAUAAAAUUAACAUCAAGACCUGGAAUGAAAAGAAGGGACAAUGGUUGUAUGCUUUGA